CGACAACAAACUAAUCUUCGCUGUUACAUCCGAUAGAUACCUGUUUUUUGUCAUUUUAAUGAGCGUUUUGUUGCACAACCUCAGCAGGGAGAGAGAAAUGGAAAAUGUGCAUCUGGCUGUGGAGGAGGAGGAUAUUUAUUCGGGUUACAACGACUAUAAUCCAACAUUUGACUCCGAAGAGUUGGAGAAUGAUGUGGGAUUUCAACAAGCAGUAAGGACAAGUCAUGGAAGGAGACCUCCUAUGACUGCUAAAUUUCCUGGCACUGCCAUUGGAGCUCGACCGUUAGCUACUGCAUUUGGAGCUCGGAUCCCUUUGGCCUCUUCAAUGGGCCGACCUAUGACUGGAGCUGUGCAGGAUGGAGCAGCCCGACCAAUGACUGCAGUCAGAGCAGCCGGUUACACCUCCUCCCUGACCCGUGGCUCAACCUUUGACCCUCUGGGCCAGUCCAAAGGCCCUGCUCCUCCACUUGAAGGAAAGAAUGAGGACACGCCUGAGGAGAAGAUCAAGAUCCUGGAGAAGAAAGUGAACGACCUGAUAGAAGAGAGCUGUAUGGCACAGAGCAUUGGAGCCUUACAACUGGCACUUGAAAAAGCCAAAGAGGCGGGGAGGAAGGAGAGAGCUCUGGUGAGACAGAGGGAACAAUCUGGCAAUGCUGAACACAUCAAUCUGGACCUCACCUACUCUGUUUUGCUGAACCUUGCCAACCAGUACGCUAACAAUGAAAUGUAUCCAGAGGCUCUGAACAGCUACCAGGUCAUCGUGAAGAACAAGAUGUUUAGUAACGCAGGACGCCUGAAAGUCAACAUGGCCAACAUCUACGUGAAACAGAAGAGCUACCCCAAAGCCAUCAAGUUCUACCGGAUGGCUCUGGAUCAGAUCUCCAACGCUCACAAAGAACUGAGAAUCAAGAUCAUGCAGGAUAUCGGCGUGGUUUUUGUCCGCAUGGGCCAAUAUUCAGACGCCAUAACUUCUUUUGAGCACAUCAUGAGCGAGAGCCCCAACAUCAAGACGGGCUUUAAUCUCAUCCUGUGUUACUACGCCAUCGGAGACAGGGAGAGGAUGAAGAAGGCCUUUCAGAAACUCAUCUCUGUUCCUCUGGGCAUCGACGAUGAAGACAAGUACAUCCCAUCUAAUGAUGACAACGACUCAAAUAUGGUCAUCGAAGCCAUAAAGAAUGACAAGCUUCACCAGAUGGAGAGAAAUCUCAAAGUCCUGGCUGAGAAGUACAUCAUGACCGCAGCUAAGCUCAUCGCUCCUGCCAUUGAAACAUCUUUUGCUACCGGAUUUGACUGGUGUGUGGACAUAGUGAAGAGUUCUCAGUAUAUCGAGCUCGCCAACGAUCUAGAGAUAAACAAAGCGAUCACCUACCUCAGACAGAAGGACUUCAACCAGGCAGUGGAGACUCUGAAGACAUUUGAGAAGAAGGACAGCAGAGUGAAGAGUGCUGCAGCCACCAACCUGUCCUUCCUCUACUUCCUGGAGAAAGAUUAUGACCAGGCUGACCGAUACGCUGACCUCGCCAUGACGGCUGAUCGCUACAACCCUGCCGCUCUCAUCAACAAAGGAAACACGGUGUUUGUGAAGCAGGACUAUGAAAAGGCUGCAGAGUUCUACAAAGAAGCUCUGAGGAACGAUUCCUCCUGCACCGAGGCCCUCUACAACCUGGGUCUGACCUAUAAGAAACUGAACCGUCUGGAUGAGGCUCUGGACUGUUUCCUGAAGCUCCAUGCCAUCCUGAGGAACAGCGCUCAGGUCAUGUACCAGCUGGCCAACCUAUAUGAGCUUCUGGAGGACCCCCAGCAGGCGAUCGAGUGGCUGAUUCAGGUCCUGAGUGUGACUCACACCGACCCCCAGGCACUGGCCAAACUGGGAGAGCUCUACGAUAGCGAGGGGGACAAAUCCCAGGCUUUCCAGUACUAUUACGAGUCCUUCAGGUACUACCCCUCCAACAUCGAUGUGAUCGAGUGGCUCGGGGCUUACUACAUCGAGACACAGUUCUGUGAGAAGGCCAUCCAGUUCUUUGAAAGAGCCACACUCAUACAACCAACUCAGGUGAAGUGGCAGCUGAUGGUGGCAAGCUGCUACAGGAGAAGUGGAAACUACCAGAAAGCUCUGGAAACGUAUAAGGACAUUCACCGAAAGUUUCCAGAAAAUGUGGAAUGCCUGCGUUUCCUGGUGAGGCUGUGCACAGAUAUGGGACUGAAUGAAGUCCAGGAAUACGCCACCAAGCUGAAGAAAGUGGAGAAGAUGAAGGAGAUCAGAGAGCAGAGGGUGAAGUCGGGGCGAGAGAGCAACUCCAGAGGUCGCAGAGAGGGCAGCGCAGCAGGCGUCUCCUCGUCUGUCUCCUCUCCUAAGAAGGCCGCCAUUAUGGAGACGGAUGUUAAAGCAGGUGAGAGAAUGAAAGACAGCGCCCACAGCAGCAGCACUAAAGGAGAGCGUCUGAGCGCCAAGAUGAGGUCACUUCCUGGAUCCAACGAGCCGUACGAGGCCAGCAGCCCAAAAGAAAUAGAUGCGUCCUACGUGGACCCUCUGGGGCCGCAGAUGGAGAGACCGAAGACGGGAGCCAAGAGACGCGUGGAGGACGACGACUUCGCAGACGAGGAGCUGGGAGACGACCUGCUGCCGGAGUAACUCCUUCUGACUGUCACCUUUUUAUGAAAGGCAAGAGCACAAACUAGACCCCAAGACCAAAGCAUUUUAUACUCUGUGAAAUGAAUAUUAUUAGAUAAAGAUGUGACUUUUCCACUUCUGAGUUAAGAAGUGAGAUGUCUUUAUCUCUUUUCAGAUCGCUCAUCUCUGCCUUAAAUCUGCUUGAUAAACAUCCUUUUUUAACAUCAAUAUUUAUACAUAUUCAUUUGGCAGAGGAAGGCCUGUGUAUAUGAAAUGAAUGGAAAGGAGUCUGGCAGUCUGGAAAUAUUUUGACAUUUUGUUUUGGCUAUGUACUCCAACAGAAUGAACUUGAAAUGUAAGAAACAAUCCCAAUGCAUUGAAAGUGUUGACGUUUAACUUCAGUUUGACUGUGUUUACAUUGGGUUCUGAUGAAGUGUUUGGAAAUGAUACACCUUUUGGACAUGCUGUACUCCCAGGGGUAAACAAGGUCUUUAUUUUAAGUCUGCAUUUUAACCUCAAUGUUACUUUUUUUUUAUUUUUUUAUUUUGAACCCAGUGUUUGGGCACAGAGCCAAAACAAGGAGUAACAUAUCGCUGUCGAAAUAUUUUCAACUAAAGUGUGUGUUUCCAUGUGUGUGUGAGCCUGGGAACCUUCUGGAAAAUACAUCAACAACUUAUGUAAUCCAUCCAUUUCUGGUCCUGUUUGGUUUUACAUUUUAUACUUAUUCCAAAAAUGUUUAUAUGUAGUAUAAUAUUUAUUUUUGUUUGUUAUAUAAUUUUAAAAAUAAAGUAUUUUAUCUAU